AGUAUUAGAUGUGGAGGUUGGCGGCCCUGCCUGUGGCAGGGGGUUGGAGCUUGGUGAUACUUGAGGUCCCUUCCAACCCAAGCCAUUCUAUGAUUCUAUGAGUUGCGCUGGUUUAGGGGCCAGGGCUGCGGGUCCCUCACUUCUUAAUGGAUUUAUCCCCUCAGCAGUGUGGGAAGAAGAGCGUUACUUGUCGCCAGGCUGCACAUAAGAGAUAACUGCCAAUAAGUUUCAUUUAAGGAUGCUUGAAUUUUGUAGAACUUCAGUGUCUGUGAAAUUUUUUUGCAGAGUGAUCAGGAGAGGGGAUGCGGGCUCUGCUGUAUCUGGAAAAGGUUUAGCUGCCCUCUCAACCUUGGUUCCUUCCGAGGGCUUAGCAAUUCUCCUUCUGAUACAAGUGCCAAAGCUCACAAAGAUAUCAGGCAAAUCCAGGAGCUGAACUGAACUCUCCAAAGCUGACUGGUUAGCUGCUGAACUUCGCUGUCCUCACAGUGCCUGGCAGCGGCAGGAAUCAGUGCGUGAGCCUAAGGCACAAAGUGAUAAAAUGACAACUUUGGCUUUCUGCAUGUUCUGUUUUCCGUGCACAUUAGAACCUGUUACGCAUGUAGGGCUGAGCCCAGAUCUGUCUGCAGCGCUCUCACCUCUGGUUCAGCUGCACAGGCCCGAGUGGCACAAGGGAAGGGCAUGGAGCUCCCCACACAGACAGAACGCGGCUGCCUCUAGUGCAGAGCUUGGUCCCUGGCAGGGGCUGCUCCGUUCUCUGGUUUUCCUCCAAGUGGGCAUUGCACGGUGCAACACGUAUCCCCCUUGUCUCGGACCCUUGGAGGUGAUCCCCUCGCCUCCUGUUUCAGAACGCUUCCCUCCCUCGGGUCACAGAAUCUCAGAAUUGCAGGGGCUGGAAGGGACCCCUAGAGAUCACUGAGUGCAACCCCUCUACCAAAGCAGGCUGCCUACACCAGGUCACACAGCUCGGGUCCGGACCGGUCUUGAACGUCUCCAGAGAAGGAGACUCCACAACCCCUCUGGGCAGCCUGCUCCAGUGCCCUGUCACCCACUGAGUCACUGCUUUCAGAAAACGUUAUCAAAUGCAGUGACUGAACAGGAGCUAGUUAUUGAGUAACUUGCUGCGAGCCGCUCUCUGUUCUCAGUCACCCUCAGCAAAUCUGCGGCUUGGGUUCUCUGCCUGAACACGGGGACAGGGGCUGAACCUGGAUCCCGAGCCUGCUCCUGCUGGGGAGCACUUUGCUGCUUCUCACCACCUAAAACUGAACGUAGCCACAAGCAAACAGGGUGUUUGGGUUUAUUUUUGUUUUAUUUUUGGUAGAAAUCUGGAGAAUUUCCCUGUUUUUCCUUGGGAGAUCAUACUUAAGAACAAAUGGGAGAGCUGUUGCCUGUGUGACAUUGCCCAGUUGGCAGCUUAGUUUGAGGAAAAAAUAGUGGCGUAAAAUCGGCUUAUUUUUUUUAAGCUGAGCUGGAAACAAGUUGGAAUCCAUCUCACCAGAUGAGGAUGUUAUAAAAUGCAAUAUCAGGCUCCAGCAAAUAGAUUUGAAGGCAGGAAGGAAUUUAUUGCAGAGACUUGAAUUGAUUCACUCGCACAAAACAGAUGAAAGCCUCAGUCUGUGUCUUCUGUGCUGUUUUUAUGGGAAAAAAAAGCACUUAAAAAAAAAAAUUGCAAACGUGCAGCACAUAAAGCACAGCCUCAGCAUUUCCUUGAACCGCCUUGAUGUUUAUUGUACAAUCCUUUUUCUCUUCAUCCUCUGAAAGCCGUGCAUAAUUCUUUCGGGAAGGCUGCUGGUGGUGGCUCAGUGUCAUCUCCUGGCUCCUGGGCUGCUGCUGAGCUGGGCUGUGCUCCCAGGGAGGGCCCUCGGCCCGGGGGUGGGUGCCCACCUGGCACAGUGUGGAGCAGCAUGGUGCUGGUGCUGGUGCUGGGUCGGGGCGGGCAGUGCUUCGCCUGCCGUGGCCUCGGCCGUGUCUGCGUGGAAUGUUUCGAUUCCACCCACGUGGGAGCCACAACCACGGCCCAAAGGCUCGGGCCGAAAGAGGGCUGUCGUUAAUCAUUGACUGGGGAGAUAAUGAAAUAGCUGCGCCCGCUGUUUGCUUUUCUUUCUUUUGCACUGUACUGUAACGCUCUGCACGAUGGAAUGUAAUAAACCAAAGGGCGAUUUCCGCAGGCCAGGCAGCGGGGCCGUGCGUGGAUGCAGCCACGGAGCCUGCGAUGCACGUGGAGCCGCCCACCACCGCUGAGGGACCACGGCACGUGGCGGUCCAGGAUCCUCUAAAUAUUAUUGGAAUGUGGCUGCAGUGCAAAAUGGGCUUUUCCAACAACUUGGUUGUGGAGACCUAAUCAGACGGUUUCCUGGAAAGCCUUCGCCAUGGCUGUAUCUGAGAACGAGACAGAGAGAUGGCCUCGCAGGCACGGCGGUGGAAUGGUGGCACUGGUGGAGCCUGCGGCCGCUCCUGACAGCAGCCAUCUCUCUCCGGUGCCGUCCCUUGGCAGCGCAGACCACGUCCUGCACCUCCCUGGGCGAGCAGAUUCUGCUUACAGCUCUUUCUCAGGGAGUUCAAACGUUCCGGAGUAUCACACCCCAUCAUGUUAUGAAGCAGACUGCUGUCCAGCUCCGGAGCAGGUACCGUACAUGGACUCGGAAUAUGUAAGAGGCAUUUAUAACCUCAGUGCUGCAAGCUCUGCUCUCAGAUGCCUGCAGCCGUGCCAGGCACCAGCCCCGAGCAUCCCCGGUGCCUCCCACAGCCCGGCUCUCGCUGAGCACAGCAGCAGCACUCCUCCCUGUGGGAUGCUGAACCAGGGACUGCCACCUCCAGCUGCACCUCUGCCCUCUCCUCCCGCACGACUCGACAGCUACAGGAUCGCCAGGCACCUGGAAAGCACGAAGGGGAGAGGGAGGUGGAACUCCGGAGGUCUCGGUGAGUGCAGUGCGCAGUCAGCUCCUUGCAUGGACAGACUGGAGGAUGUAUCGCACGGCCAAACCGGGGCUGGAAGCAGCGAGCCAGCUAUAGCAGCAGCUAGGAGAAGGGCUCUGGAAAACAAGGGUCCUUCUUCUGGUUCUGCAGAUGGAGUAUCCGUAUCCAAACUUCAGGGGCUAAGGACAGAAGAAAAUGGAGAGCGGAGCCCAUCCCAGAAACCUGUGAGGAGAAGUAAUCCCCACGUUUACAGCAGACCAUCUUCAUUCAUUUUUCAGGAAUAUUUGAAGACUGACUUUGUGGCUAACGUCCCUAAAAUUCUGUCUGCUUAUGGUUCGGCUCACGCACACAGCAUUUCUGAAGAGGUGAAGCCCAGGUCCUACCCAGCCACACACUGCAGCCCUGGUGCUGCUGGAGAAGCACAAGGGGACGAGCAGUGCCCGUGCAGUGUGCGUCGGGCAGCGCUGGGGGAUGCAGAGCUGCGAAGCGCGGUGCUGGAGCGCGGCCAGUGGAAGGGAUCCCUGCUCUGUGCUCAGUGCCCACUCCGUGCUGAGCUGCCUCCAGACGUGGGUCAGGAUGUGUUUGAGGACGUCUGUGACUUGAAAUACACAGAGAAUGCUCUCCUAAUUAAAAAUGCAUGCAGGAAGUCUAACAGCUGUACAGAUAAAAAUGGGUGCAGUGACUACAAAGGAGAGAUUGGGAGUGUUGUUAGGGAACCGCUCCUGAAUCCACAAGCCAAAAUGCAGAAAUUGCCACUGUCCUGCAGCUGUGAUACUGUAGAAUCGGAGCAGUCUCGCUCUGGGAAGUUGGAUCAUGGCAAUAAGCAGUGCUGUGAUAAUACUGAGCAAAUGGCUUCUCUUAGACCGAAGGAAGAUUCCUCAUCACAACCUUUAAAUGAAGGUUGUGCCAAUAGCAGCAGUCCUGGCCUUAACGUGCAUCUAGAGCAAGAGCAACUUCCUGUUCCUUACCAGAAAUGUCAGCCUGAACUUCAGCAAGAGCUCUUACAACAGCCUCCGGGUGAUCCUGGUGCUGAACAAAUAACCAGACAGACCACUCCGAUGCUUUACUACCUGUCUGGAGGAAGGGCUGCCAGCACCCUGCACCACAGCAAGCUUGCCUGGUGUCCGGAGGGUGCAAGGAGCUCACCAAAAGGAUUUGCAGCAAGCAGCCACGCUGCCUGGGCGCGGAGCACAGAGAUGCAGAGGGAAAGCAGUGAGCCCCGAAAGGCCAAGCACCGCCAGCUGUGUGCUGACAGGGACGCCCUGAGUGAGGCUGAAGACGUCGCUCUCGGGAGCCCUGCUUCAUCCACGGAUGAGAGUUCUAAGAAUGACUACAGAGAGAAACUUAAAGUGGCUCAGAAAAAGGUUCUGAGAGAAACUUCCUUUAAAAGAAAAGACUUGCAGAUGAGUUUGCCUGUUCGGCUGAGACAAAAGCCCUCCAAAAGGCCUUCAAUUGAACACCUUAGAUCUUUCUCAUUGUCCAGUGCACAUGAGGAUGCCAAACCUGCUCCUUGUUCUGCUUCUCACCUAGAAUCCUUGGAAGGUUUCAGUAGAGAUGCAGAAAUUCAGAGGCCACAAGCAAGUCGGAUAGGGGGAAGGAAAAGGGCGACAAAAGAGGAAAAGAAACUGUGUUAUUCUGAACCUGAGAAACUCGAUCGGCUGGCAGACAGGGAAGCCCCGUGGAAUCGAGGCAGCGAUGAGAGCACCGAGCAGGAUUCGGUGGCAGCCAGGAGAACUGCGGAGAGCAGAGGGAGGGCACGUUCCAGUUCGAGUAUCUCCAGGACGGAGCUGAAGCAAAUCCAGCACUCUGCACUGAUUGAGUACAUGGAGAGGAAGAUCAGUCAGAGGCCGGGCAGCACGCAGCUCGUCCCACCGCAUAAACCGCCCCUGCAGACGAGGCCUUCGCAUCCUAAAUGGCCUCCUGGCAGGAGCUCCAACCACAGCGAGAGCAGGAAGACGCCGAGCAAUGAGGCUUUCUUCUCUGAAGAAGCAGCACCAGAUGUUUUCCCUCCUCCUUCACCCGUCCCCCCGCCAAACGCAGCCUGCGGAGGUGGGACGGUGCCGGCAAAGCCCAGCCCGCAUCCAGCCGCACCGGAUCGCAGCCGCAGCCCUGAGCGUGUGUCCGUGCAGAGCCUCCCUGUGGUGGGAGCUGCUGCCCAGGGGCUGGAAGCGGAGCGCCCUUACACACAGCUGCAUGGUCCGAGCGCUGCCUGUACCGUGUGCUGCUCUCGUUUCCAGGAUGCAGACAGAUGUGCCAGCUGUGCGGCAUCACCAGCCCGGCCUUGUGGAAUCCACCUCAGCACCCCCAGUUCCCAUGAUCCCAGGGAAGAUGGAUGCCAGAGCCAUGAACACAAAGACAGCGUGGCUGGUAGCUCUCUGCCUCAGGGCAGUGAGGAGCUACCUGCCAGCACCUCUGUCCUCAGCCCAAGGAAUGGAAGCAGGGAAGAUGCUCAAGUGGAAGAGAAAAGCAGAAGCAGAUCUCAGACUGGCGAUGCUUUAAUGAUGCGCCCGGAGCUGCAGCUGAAGGCAAGCGGUGCUGCGGCUGCUCAGGGGAAUGCAGCGUGCUGCCUCGUGCCCCCUGCUCAGCCUCAGCAAGGGGAUGGGGGUACAGCCCCAGGUUGGAAUGUAAAUGAAGCUGCCACUCACAGCAGCCGAGAUGGUGUUCUGCAGGAGGGAGGGAAGGACCUGCCCCAGAGGAGGCUGUGGUCCCCUGAGGAUCGGCGUUACGAGGAGCUCGUGAUGGAUCUCGUGGCCAAAGACAGUUCUCUGGUUGAUGUCCUCAUGCCUUAUCCUGUUAGAAAAACUGCUCUGGACUUGAUGGAAGGUCUUUUCCCUGUUAACAUUUCCAUGUUGGAAAUGCACAGAAGGAAGGCAGAUGUGCGACGUGCACGGGAGAAUGACAGGAAAAGCAGUGGAGAUGUGACAGAAGAAUGUCCUGAAUCCGAACUCACCGCCAUGCAAAGGAGUGAGGAUCCCACUGGGCAGGGAAACUGCACCCUGGGUGGGAAUGGAAGUGACGUGAAGGACCUAGAUGACAUCACGUGUAAGAAGCUGGAGCUCAUCUCCAGCCUCCGGGCCAAAGUGCGGGCGCUGGGGGAGGACAGGGAGCUCGUCCUCGCCGAGGCCAAGGAGUGUGCGGAGCGCGGCGAGGAGCUGGAGGCCGCCGUGCGCGCUGCCUGCAAGCCCAACGAGGCCGAGCGCUACGCGACGUUCAUCGGCGACCUGGAGAAGGUGGUGAGCCUGCUGCUCUGCUUGUCCAGCCGCCUCGCCCGCGUCCAGAACGCCAUGAGGAAGGUCGACGGCAACACGGAUGCUGAGGAGAAGAAGAAAGAAGCCUCAGAGAAAUGCGUUUCCCCAGGAGGAGGAGGAGGACUGGAGACCUGCUGCAGGGACCACGCUCAGCCACAAACUUGUUUUCUCCUCGGCUGAGUGUUGCAAUUGAGAUCACUGAAUUGAUUCCUGAAUGACUGAACAGUUUGUCAAGGAAAACAGCAAGAGAGAGAGAACACAGAGCGAGCAGGGUCAGCGCGGCACCAAGGCAGAUAAAAGUAACUGUCUGCGCAAGGAUGGAUGAGAAAAACAGAACAUAGGUUUUUGUUUCCACUGCCUUAGGACUUGACUGAAAUGGAAUGUCAGCCUGUGCCCAGAUCUCCAUUUUGAAGGCGGUUCAAGGUGCAGCAGUCUCCACGCAGCACACCUCUUUCCUUUCUCACCGAUGCUGCCCUCCUUUCUGCCUCCACACCCAGUUCUGGUGCUGGAAGGGAUUGCUCAGUCCUUCCCUCGGCAGCCUUUCCCCCCCCCCCGUUCCCCUCCCCACUCCAUCUUUGUGCAGAUCUCUGAAAAGCUGUUUUAUCUCUUGCUAACAAGCUGGCACUGAGCCAGUUCCUCAACAUCAUUUUGCUGCUUUAGUGUUCUUUCACAUAAUAGCAUGCAGUCUUUAUGCUGCUCGUAGCAAUUCAGUGUUUCUGUGGGCAUGGCACACCUCUUCUUACUGCCUUCAGAGGUGGCUUGUACAGUAACCUCACCCUCUGCUGAGGGAGCUGCUUGUGAGUGGUAUUUCAGUGUAUUAACAAUGCUUUCCAGCUUAUGGCAUCCCUGCAGAUCUGCUUUGCCUACUGUAGAGAGCUAAUAAUGAGCAAGCAUCCAAAAAUGAAUUGCUAUGGCUUGAUUUCAAUGUUAAUUUCUCUUCCUUACUGGAAUCCAUUGCAGGCAUAA